CGAGCUAGAGGGACUUGUACUUGGCCGAAUCAUAAACGUCUCUUGUAGGAAUGCUAGACAGUAGUUGAUUGAUAUCUCUGCAAUUCUAUACAUAGCAACUCUUAUCCCUUACAGAAUUGUCCAGAUGCAUGUGAAACUUUAAUAGGUUGCAGAACAUUGAGAAGUCGGACAUAAAUCUAUGCAUAUGUCUGAUGGAUGUAUAACGUGGGCGAUGAGCGCGUCCUCUGUGACUUUUCCUCAACGGAGCAGACUGAGAUCGGCCUGGAAAACUCCAUUCCUUCCCACACCUUAUCGUCACGGAGAUCUUCCGGGACAACCAACCAAGCAGAGCUGCUCUCCGGUGAUCUGUUUAAAACCUUCCUGCCAGACCGUCAGCCGCUGACAGGCGAGAAGCCCGCGUUGGUGAUCGCAAGGGUCGCUGGAAGCAGAGUGGGUGAUUGGAAUUGUCAGAGUGGACGUCGUUCUCCGUCUUCCCUCUCUUAAAGAUACGCGAUGAGGCCCUCGACGAUGGCGCUUGUGGUUUUGGUAAUGGCCACCACCAUGUGCCUGGCCCAAGCCGUGAUGCACAACCACAUCUUCCCCUGGUACGAGUUCAAAAGGGCGGAAGCGGCCCGGGUCAGGAGACCUGCGUCUGGCGAGGAGUUCCGCGUUAUGAUGCCCGGGGAUGGGACCUCUCCACAGAGCGAAGACGACACGGAGGUUGAUCCGGUGGAGGCUGCGGUACCGUUUGAUGUAGACAGGGACGCCCUGCCUGUAGAGGCACAGCCGCUGCACACCAGGCUGGGGUGGAUGUACGUCUGCUACAACCAGAAGACUGGCAAGUGGCGAUUCUGUAGGGGAGACCCGAGUAAGGCCGAGGACAGGGUCCGCUGGUGACGUGGAAAUCCCAUCAUGCCCAGCGCCGCCGUGGCCUUGUCCGACUCCAAAGCGCAUGCGUCAUGGAUUAACCUCUGACCUUCACUAAGACAUCAGCGAAAUUCAAGAGCGAUUCUAUGCUAUGAAAGUUGUCUACAGUCUGUAGCAAUGUUGUAAAAGACUAUUUAUCGUUGUUUAAUAUUUGUCUAUAAAUAUAUACUGUUACAUGACAUACCAUAUGGGACAUGGAGUGAGGCAUAAUGCCGUUUGAUAGGUAGAAACGUUUAUGGACAGUGACAAUCUUUUGAUGGAAUAGUUGUUAUACCCUUGUAGAAAAUUGGGACUGAAAUGUGUCCGAGUUACUAAUCUAUCCAAACGUAACAGAUGCACAAAAUGAAUUUAUAAGCAACUUCUCCAUAUCAAGUUAUUUUCAAAUAUAGCCACCUUCACAAUAAAAAGAAAAGUGAUAUGAGAAACUUUUGGUUCGGCCCGAUCCGUUA